AUGAAGGCUCUUAUUCUCGUCGGAGGCUUUGGUACCCGUCUGCGUCCUCUGACAUUGACGCUCCCCAAGCCUUUGGUGGAAUUCGGAAACCGUCCUAUGAUCCUUCACCAAGUCGAGAGCUUGGCUGCGGCUGGUGUUACGGAUAUCGUUCUCGCUGUUAACUAUCGCCCAGAUGUAAUGGUCUCAGCCCUCAAGAAGUAUGAGGAACAAUACAAUGUCAAAAUCGAGUUCUCUGUCGAGUCCGAGCCGCUCGGCACGGCUGGUCCCCUGAAACUGGCAGAGAAGAUCUUGGGCAAGGACGACUCCCCCUUCUUCGUCCUGAACUCCGAUGUCAUUUGCGAUUAUCCAUUCAAGCAGCUCGCGGAGUUCCACAGGAACCAUGGUGAUGAGGGUACUAUUGUCGUGACCAAGGUUGAUGAACCUUCCAAAUAUGGUGUCGUCGUUCACAAGCCCAACCAUGCUUCCCGCAUCGAUCGCUUCGUCGAGAAGCCUGUGGAGUUUGUCGGCAACCGGAUCAAUGCCGGUAUCUAUAUCCUGAACCCUAGUGUCUUGAGCCGCAUCGAGCUGCGCCCGACUUCGAUCGAACAAGAGACGUUCCCCGCCAUUUGCAAGGAUAGUCAGCUCCACUCCUUUGACCUUGAGGGUUUCUGGAUGGAUGUUGGUCAGCCUAAGGAUUUCCUUAGCGGCACGUGCCUGUACCUCACCUCGCUAGCCAAGCGCAACUCCAAGCUCCUCGCCCCCAACUGCGAUCCCUACGUGUAUGGCGGAAAUGUCAUGGUUGAUCCCACGGCGAAGAUUGGCAAGAACUGUCGGAUUGGCCCUAACGUGGUCAUUGGUCCCAAUGUUGUUGUCGGCGACGGGGUUCGUUUGCAACGCUGUGUGCUCCUGGAAAACAGCAAGGUCAAGGAUCAUGCCUGGGUCAAGUCGACCAUUGUCGGGUGGAACAGCUCCGUGGGCAAGUGGGCUCGCUUAGAGAAUGUCACCGUGCUGGGUGACGACGUUACCAUUGCCGACGAAGUCUAUGUAAACGGUGGCUCUAUUCUGCCCCACAAGAGCAUCAAGCAGAACGUUGAUGUUCCCGCUAUCAUCAUGUAA